AUGUCUUUCGCAGACCACAGUGCACAAGCAUACAGCUUGCAGCAGAUUCAGAUUGUUGCAUAUGUCGACGUGUGCUCCAUUGCACUCGUUUUCUACGACUACUUCUCGACCUUUCCAGGCGAAAUUCGAUUUGUUUGGUCGUCCGGAUGGAGUAUCGUGAAUGUGUUCUUUGUCAUAUCUCGUUAUGGUGCGCUUUGCGAAGGUGUGCUCAUUUUGAUCAUGUAUGGGUACGCCCAUCCGUCUGAUUCCACGUGUGUUGCUCUGAGCCGCGCCAUCGACGGAGGUCAAUUCGUAUGUGUCACGGCGGCAGAAUUCAUCCUUGUGUUCAGAACGUGGGCCUUAUGGGAAAGGAACAAGAGAAUCGCAAUGGGCCUCGCCGCCUUGGUGACCGUACUGUUGGCCGUUGUCGCCACGUAUGCGACUAAAUUUGAGGCAUCAGUACAAGUUACUCUACCGAAUCCCGAUAAUCCCGCUGCAUUUUCUCGUUGCAUUCAGUCUGGCGGCGGGGGUACCAUAUCUAUUACUUAUGCCUGUGUGGCCAUCUUGGAGACAGUUGUUCUUGUUCUUACGCUUAUCAAGGCACCAUGGAGAUUCGUACUCUUGAAGAGCCACCUGAUUCGAGUCUUAUACCGGGAUGGGAUUUUAUACUAUAUAUACUCGAUAUUUAAUGUUGUGACUGUAUUGAGUGCACCCCCUGGAAUAUCGCAUGUCCUCCUCGUGUCCGUCGUAUUCGCUGCCUUGCUCUUCUCUCGUUCACAAACGCUCAUGAUCUGA